GUUGACAGCAUUUCAGAAGGCACCAGCUUUUCUCUGUGGACCCAUUCAUUCAUCGCGAGAAAUAUGCUUGUACUAUUUCUAAAAGCGUUUUACUUCCCCAGAGGGAAGUUCGCUCCCCAGGAUGAAAAUGAGUACAUAUGAGAGGGCGAUUUAAGGUGUGACCGUUGGAGGUGUCCCGUCAGUCACUGAAGGAGUCGAGUAUCACAAACACAGCUUCGAACCAGGGAGAUUUCAUCUUGACCAAAGCGACCGUAUCUAACUCGUGUUUUCUGACAUGAAAAGGCGAAGACAGAGAGCUGAAGAUGUUUCGUAAAUCGUCGGGAUCAGCUCUAGUCUUCUGGUGAUAGCGGUGAUGUGAAGUGAGUUACAGAUCUGGGUGCGGCCCCAAAGACACACUUCUUAAUGGGACGGAUGGUGAGAGCGGGAGGACCUCUUGUGCGUUCAGCUGGCAGUGACGGAGUUUGCCAUCAGCGGCAUGAGUGGCCCCGCCGGGGAACUCAAGCGGCUUGCCUCUAAAUCCAGAAGCACAGUCAUUUUUUUUUUUACUCCUGUUACUUUGAAAACGUCUUCGGAACCAUUUAAAAGGCAUUGACAACUAUUUUUAUAGCUUAAAGGAAGGCAGAUGUCUGCAAAUAACUCCCCUCCCUCAGCCCAGAAGUCUGUGUUACCUGCCACUGUUUCUGCUGUGGUGCUUCCAACUCCUUCUCCGUGUUCAAGUCCCAAGACAGGGCUCUCCGCUCGGCUCUCCAAUGGCAGCUUCAGCGCCCCGUCACUCACCAACUCCAGAGGCUCCGUGCACACGGUUUCAUUUCUACUCCAGAUCGGCCUCACUCGAGAGAGCGUUACCAUCGAAGCCCAGGAACUGUCUCUGUCCGCGGUCAAAGACCUCGUCUGCUCCAUUGUUUACCAGAAGUUCCCAGAGUGUGGAUUCUUUGGCAUGUAUGAUAAAAUUCUUCUCUUUCGCCACGACAUGAACUCGGAAAACAUUUUGCAGCUGAUUACCUCAGCCGAUGAAAUCCAUGAAGGAGAUCUUGUAGAAGUUGUCCUGUCCGCCUUGGCCACAGUAGAAGACUUCCAGAUUCGCCCUCAUACUCUCUAUGUACAUUCUUAUAAAGCACCUACUUUUUGUGAUUAUUGUGGUGAAAUGCUCUGGGGAUUGGUACGUCAAGGAUUAAAAUGUGAAGGCUGUGGAUUAAAUUAUCAUAAACGAUGUGCCUUCAAGAUUCCAAAUAACUGCAGUGGAGUAAGGAAGAGACGUCUGUCCAAUGUAUCUCUGCCGGGACCCGGCCUCUCAGUUCCAAGACCCUUGCAGCCUGAAUGUGUGCCCCUCCUCAGUGAAGAGCCACAUACUCACCAAGAACCAAGUAAGAGAAUUCCGUCGUGGAGUGGUCGCCCAAUCUGGAUGGAAAAGAUGGUGAUGUGCAGAGUCAAAGUUCCACACACGUUUGCUGUCCACUCUUACGGCCGGCCGACAAUAUGUCAGUACUGCAAGCGGCUACUGAAAGGCCUCUUUCGCCAAGGGAUGCAGUGUAAAGAUUGCAAAUUCAACUGCCAUAAGCGCUGCGCGUCCAAAGUCCCAAGAGACUGCCUCGGCGAGGUGACUUUCAACGGAGAACCUUCCAGUCUGGGGACUGAUGCAGAUAUACCCAUGGAUAUUGACAGCAGCGAUAUGAACAGUGACGGCAGGAGGGGCUUGGAUGACUCGGAGGAGCCAUCCCCACCCGAAGACAAAAUGUUCUUCCUGGACCCGACUGAUCUUGAUGUGGAGCGAGAUGAGGAGACUGUGAAGACAAUCAGUCCAUCCACAAGCAAUAAUAUCCCACUGAUGAGGGUUGUCCAGUCCAUCAAGCACACAAAGAGGAAAAGCAGCACAGUGGUGAAGGAAGGGUGGAUGGUCCAUUACACCAGCAGGGACAACCUGAGAAAGAGGCAUUAUUGGAGACUCGACAGCAAAUGUCUGACAUUGUUCCAAAAUGAAUCUGGAUCAAAGUAUUAUAAGGAAAUUCCACUUUCAGAAAUUCUCCGCAUAUCUUCCCCACAAGAUCUCACGAGCAUUUCUCAAGGCAGUAACCCACACUGUUUUGAGAUCAUCACCGACACUGUGGUGUACUUCGUUGGGGAGAACAACGGGAGCAGCUCUCACAACCCUGUCCUCGCGGCCACUGGAGUUGGACUCGACGUAGCCCAAAGCUGGGAGAAAGCAAUCCGCCAGGCCCUCAUGCCCGUAACCCCUCAAGCAAGUGUUUGCACUUCUCCAGGUCAAGGGAAAGACCACAAAGAUCUGGCGACCAGUAUCUCCGUAUCUAACUGUCAGGUCCAGGAGAAUGUGGACAUCAGCAGUGUUUACCAGAUCUUUGCAGAUGAGGUCCUUGGCUCUGGCCAGUUUGGCAUUGUUUAUGGAGGAAAACACAGAAAGACUGGAAGGGACGUGGCUAUUAAAGUCAUUGACAAGAUGAGAUUCCCCACAAAGCAAGAGAGUCAGCUCCGCAAUGAGGUGGCCAUUUUACAGAAUCUACACCACCCUGGGAUUGUAAAUCUGGAGUGUAUGUUUGAAACCCCAGAACGAGUCUUCGUAGUGAUGGAAAAACUUCAUGGAGAUAUGUUGGAGAUGAUUCUGUCCAGUGAAAAAAGUCGACUUCCAGAACGAAUUACUAAAUUCAUGGUCACACAGAUACUCGUUGCCUUGAGGAAUCUCCACUUUAAGAAUAUCGUGCACUGUGAUUUAAAGCCCGAAAACGUGCUGCUUGCAUCAGCGGAGCCAUUUCCUCAGGUGAAGUUGUGUGACUUUGGGUUUGCACGCAUCAUUGGUGAGAAGUCAUUCCGGCGGUCAGUGGUGGGGACGCCAGCCUACUUAGCCCCCGAGGUUCUCAGGAGCAAAGGCUACAACCGUUCUCUAGACAUGUGGUCAGUGGGAGUCAUCGUCUACGUGAGCCUCAGCGGCACAUUUCCGUUCAAUGAAGAUGAAGAUAUAAAUGACCAAAUCCAAAAUGCUGCGUUUAUGUACCCACCAAAUCCAUGGCGAGAAAUUUCCAGUGAAGCAAUUGAUUUGAUAAACAACUUGCUUCAAGUGAAGAUGAGAAAACGCUUCAGUGUUGACAAAUCUCUUAGUCAUCCUUGGCUACAGGAUUACCAGACUUGGCUUGACCUCAGAGAAUUUGAAACUCGCAUUGGAGAACGUUACAUUACCCACGAAAGUGAUGACGCUCGCUGGGAAAUCCACGCGUACACACACAACCUCGAAUACCCAAAGCAUUUCAUUAUGGCCCCCAAUCCAGAUGAUAUGGAAGAAGAUCCUUAAUGAUCAGCGAGCGGACUUCAGUACGGAAGGGUUUCAUUUCAUGACCAGAUACUCUGCUGCCUAACUGUUGCUCUCUGCAGGCUGUCAUGGUGAGGAGGCAGAGUCAUAAGGGACUAGAACAACUUGGUGGCACCAAUACUGUAGCUCAUAACAAGUAGGUACAUGAAGGGAAACUGAGUAAUAAAAUCACACAAGAAAAUCAGAAUGAAACUUGUUAGAAAUUUUUGUAGCCUAAGCAAUAACUGGUUCUGUAAUUUUUUUUAAUCCUCACAUUAGGACAAUGUGAAUUAGCACUUAAUUUAUCUCUCCUUUGCUGUCGUUACAUCAUUUGUUUUAAAAGCCUAUGACUGUCUAGUUCUUGUUUAUAAGGUUGAUUACUCAUCAGGUUUGUGUUAGGCGGUGACUCUGAGGCUAACAAUAUAUGGUCUGCUGUAAGGACUUCUAAUAUCUGUCUACUGUUGGAGGCAUUGAUCCUUCCUGGAGCUCUAUAAAUGGAUCCUGGUGGGGGCUGUAUCUUUAAACCUGGUCUGUAUGACAUAAAAGUUGUCACCUUUUCUCUGUUGCAGUAGCCACUGGGAUAAUUGGACAGUUGGUGUGACAAAAGUGGGUAGAGCUGGUCACCACUCAGCUCUGCCGCUCAACACACAUAUAUGUUCUCAGUUGACACCAUUGUGAUGGAGGUUGUAUGCCAGCAGUCAAUGGGCACAGCUCUGCAGCUGAUCCUCACAUGGAGUUGAAUACUUAGAGACAAAACUAAAUACAGACUCAAAGGAGAGCUGGUACAGGGUCAGUAAAUGUCGCUAUACAGCGAGCAGUAUCUUUUCCCUUAGCCUUUGGGUGGGGCCUCCAAAUAUCUAGAAGUUUUAAAUUGGCAUUUUACUUUGAGCAGUUUGGGGAGGUGGUUUGAAGUCAGACAUCACUGGGGUGGAACCAUAGUACCUGUACAGCAGAUGAAGGAAAAGUAAGCAUUUCUUACACUUCAGCUCCCGCAACCAGCUUUUUAUAGUAGUUCUUAAUAUAGGUUCAAUAUCCCUAACCUGUACACCAGAAAGGUUUCAGCUUUCCAGACACUGAAAGAUCUGCACCCUCCACUGGUUGAGCAUCCCUAAUUAUAAAUCUGAAAUCCUCCAAAAUCUAGAAACUUUGGGGUUCUGAGGCACUUUGAGAUUUUCACAUUAGUGAUGUUCCAAUCUGUGCUUUGCCCAAAGAAAAGGGUCCAGGACCAUCCUCUUGCAGGAAAUACAGUAGCGUUUGUCUCUUCAUCCUCACUGGUCACCAAGAAUAGGGUUUUUGUUGUUGUUCCUUUUCUGUGCUGAGAGCAAAGAUUUGGAGUCAGAGAACCUGGGUGUGAGUCUUAGCUUCUUAGUGUUUAGAUCUGCUGGGCUGGGCAGGAGACAGUUUGUCUAAGCAUUUAGUUUCCCAGUCUGUAAAUGGAGAACAUAAAUUGCUGCCUCUGCCUUCCUCGGUGUGGCCAUGAAGAUGGGCAUGUGUGAAGGUCUCUGACAGUCUGGAACUCGGUGUUGUCAGUUACACUGAGUCUGAGGUGGCGAAGGAGAACGGUCUUGUGUGUGAGUAGGACCAAGACUGAGAGUGCCUUUGCGGAUGAGAAAGCAGCCUCGGAAUCUACCGAAAAUUAAAAACAUCCUUGAAGAAACAGAGACAUUACAGGCUGCCUGUGUUGUAAGUCUUUAUGCUUUAAACUGUCCUCACAGUAGCCAAGCCACAUGACUACAUACAUGUAAGGAAGUUGAGGCACAAGGUUGGCUGCUAAAAGUUCAUAGAGUUUGAAUAUGGAUUUGAACCCAGGCCUAUGUCCCCAGUCCCUUUUACCUGUCCCAGCCAUUGAUGAUGUACUGUACAUCUGUGAGUAUCUCCAGGAGACUUUGCACAUAUCUCGGUAAUUGUUCUUAUCCAGCAGUUGUGAAGAGUAAUUUUAAGGAACUAUGAAUGGAUUGUCCCUGUGAUAGGUGGUGAUUUCACUCCGUUUCUGGAAGGUCUGCUUGACCAGCAUGUACAAGAUGGAACAAUCUCAUGUCACUCUGCAUCCCACUGUGGCUUUACUGUGUGAGGUGAAAGCUUCCUGGAGUGACUGUUGGGUUGCUGUCCUGCUAUAAUCAGGCUUUACAAGCCGUGAGAUUAAUUGCACUCUGUUUUUGUUGAAGGCCUGUGCUGUCUAAAGAGAGAGACUGUCAGAUAGUCUGGCGUUGAGUAACUACUCUACUGUGUAACCUGCAUAACCUUUGUCUUUGUCUUAAAGCCAAGUUGUUUGCAUAAAAAAUAACUGUUUCUUAGAAACAUGUGAUAAUUUUCAAAGUAGUGUAUAAUGACACUGUUUAGUACAUUUUAUAUUUUUUGUUACAUCCCACUUUUUGUAAAUAUUCUUAAAACUUGAUAAUAAAAUGUAUUUCUAUAUCA